CCCCUCGCGUCGCCGCGGUCUUCGAGCUCAGUGUCCCGCCGCAGCCGCCACUCGGGUCUCUCGGGGCAGCGCGGAGCCAGGGCCCGGGCGAGCGGGCAGGGCGAGCGGACCCGGCGUCCGAGCGGCAAAGGACGGAGACCAGAGCAGCCGACCGGGCCAGCGGGGCCGGGACCGAAGGCUUCGGACCACGUCUCUCGCAAACUUGUGCGCGCGUCGGAGCGAUGAAGAUGGUCGCGCCCUGGACGCGGUUCUACUCGCACAGCUGCUGCCUGUGCUGCCAUGUCCGCACCGGCACCAUCCUGCUGGGCGUCUGGUACCUGAUCAUCAACUCCGUGGUCCUGCUGGUUCUGCUGAGCGCCCUGGCAGAUCCCGACCAGUACCACUUCUCAAGCUCUGAACUAGGAGGGGAACUCGAGUUCAUGGAUGAUGCCAAUAUGUGCAUUGCUAUUGCAAUCUCUCUCCUCAUGAUCCUGAUAUGUGCGAUGGCUACUUACGGAGCAUACAAGCAACACGCUGCCUGGAUCAUCCCGUUCUUCUGUUACCAGAUCUUCGAUUUUGCCCUGAAUACCUUGGUUGCGAUCACCAUUCUUGUCUAUCCAAACUCCAUUCAGGAGUACAUACGACAGCUGCCUCCCAGCUUUCCCUACAGAGACGAUAUAAUGUCCGUGAAUCCUACAUGUCUCGUCCUUAUUAUUCUUCUGUUUAUCAGCAUUGUUUUGACAUUUAAGGGUUACUUGAUAAGCUGUGUUUGGAGCUGCUACCGAUACAUCAAUGGCAGGAACUCCUCUGAUGUCCUGGUUUACGUUACCAGCAAUGACACCACGGUGCUUUUGCCUCCGUACGAUGAUGCCACUGCUGUGACUGGUACUGCCAAGGAGCCACCACCACCAUACGUGUCUGCCUGAGCCGAGUGUGGGGAAUCGAGGAGCAGCAGUCUAAGUCUGCAGCUGCCUGAGUGAUCAGUUGACGGAUUAAUCGAUAGGUCUUUCUGUGAUGUCACUCUUGGGAAGAGCUCUUUGAGCCUAUUUGCUGAUAAAAUACCACAUUUUACAAUGUA